CAAACGCGGUGUACGCGUGCAUCGUUACAACGUGUUGUUGAGUUUUCAUGUGAGUGCAUGUGACAAUCGCAGCUCAGUGAAAGAUGUGCGCUAACGAGUAACGUAGGAAGACUAUUCACAUGCGGAGUUCGAAAUGUUAUCGUCACGUCAGAGAUACCACUACCAGACCGCGCAUAAUUUACGGUAGGCUACUGGAGCUCAGACGCACUGCAGACAGAGUAAUGAGAGCCUGCAGCUAGACACGCAUCCACAAUGAGGACGAGAAUAGAGGUGUACGCCCAAUUAAGCAGUGUCAUCGACUUCCAUCGAUUGCCGGACCCAACGAAUCGAUAUGAGCUCCUGAAGACAGUUGGGGAAGGAACCUAUGGCGAGGUGUUCUCGGCCAAGGACAAGUCAACAGGUGAGGUCGUUGCCGUCAAGAUCUUGGAGAACAUCCCUGCAGUCGUCGAGGAGGUCGAGGAGGAGUACCAGGUGUUCCGCGACCUGUCGCGACACAACAACAUACCGGACUUCCACGGCAUCUACCUGAGGAGAGGGCGGCGGGAGGAGGACGACCAGCUAUGGUUCGUCAUGGAGUUGUGUGAGGGUGGCUCUGUCACAGAUCUAGUCAAGAACUUGCUCAGAAGAAAGGAGCAUUUGGAGGAAAUCUACAUUGCAUAUAUUUUAAAGGAUACGUUAAAGGUGCUUGAACAUCUCCAUCGACACCACGUGAUCCACAGGGACAUCAAAGGUCACAACAUCCUGUUCACGGACGACGCGCGCAUCAAGCUGGUUGACUACGGCGUAUCCUCGCACCUGCAGAACACUAUGGGCAGACGCAACACGUCUGUCGGAACGCCAUUUUGGAUGGCCCCCGAGGUGAUAGCGUGCGAACAGCAGCUGGACUACAGCUACGACGUACGCUGCGACGUCUGGUCGCUCGGCAUAACCGCCAUCGAGAUGGCCGACGGCGAGCCGCCAUUGGCUGACAUGCAUCCAAUGCGGGCACUGUUCAAGAUUCCCAGAAACCCACCUCCUAGUCUGAAGAACUCGCGUGACUGGUCGCCCACGUUUGUCGAUUUUAUUAAACAGUGUUUGAUUAAGGACUUUGAGAAGAGACCGACGGCAGAGAGACUUUUGCGGCAUCGCUUUAUCACUCAAGUACCUAAAGACACGACAGAGAUCAGGAGACAUCUGAUGCAGCUCAUUCAGAAGCAGGUGGAGUACGGUCGGGUGGAGACUGAGCCGGAGGUGACCACGAAGCAUGGCAAGCUGAAGUCGAAGCGCAAGUCGAAGCGCGAAACAGUAAUGGUCAACGACUUGGCCCAGCUAGAGAUUCUCGAUGAUGAUGUGAUAGUUCAGCACUUGGAGAACCGAUAUAAUGCAGGCCAAAUCUACACGUAUAUAGGUGACAUCCUGAUAGCUGUCAACCCCUUCUGUCCACUCACCAUCUACAAUGAUGAGACGUCUAGAGACUAUAUGAAUGCCAGCAAGAGCGCAAAUCCACCACAUAUAUUUGGUGUGGCUGAUGCAGCCUUCCAGGGAAUGGUGCAUUACAAGCAGAGUCAGUGUGUAAUCAUCAGUGGAGAGAGUGGUGCCGGCAAAACCGAGAGUGCAAACUUACUUGUGCAACAACUGACGAUGCUAGGAAAGGCUCCAAAUCGAACAUUGGAGGACAGGAUCCUUCAGGUAAAUCCUCUGCUGGAAGCAUUUGGUAAUGCCAAGACCGGCAUCAACGACAACUCGAGCAGAUUUGGAAAGUAUUUGGAAAUGACCUUCACGCCAAAUGGGAAGGUCACAGGGGCUUGCCUGUCUGAGUACCUACUGGAAAAGUCACGAGUCAUCAGCCAGGCCAGCGGGGAGCGAAACUUUCACAUUUUCUACUACAUCUAUGAAGGUCUAAGACAUGAGAAAAGGUACCACCUGAAGGAUGCUGACAGGCACAGGUAUCUUGGAGACUAUCAACAGACAACACGUGAUAUAUCGACAAUCUCGGUUCGAAAGGUCAGGUUUAAAGCCAUCCAGCAUUGCUUUGAGCGCAUAGGAUUCAAGGAACAGGAAGUGACGUCAGCCUACAGCAUCUUGGCAGCCAUUUUGCAAAUAGGAGACAUAGACUUUAAGCGAAAGGAGGCAAAGCAUCUCUCAGAUAGGAGCGUGGUGGCUAACCCUCAGCAGCUGCCCAUUGCCGCGCGUGAACACGGUCGAUGCAGGCGGUGGAACGUUGCGAGACGGCGCGAUGGCGGGCGCUCACGGACGGCCUCUUCGAGCUGGAUCGUCAACAAGAGUCAACACGGGGUCUGCGAAGCGCUGCCAAAGUUCCAGGAGCACGUAAACGAAUGCUUGUCGGUUGGGAUACUGGAUAUCUUUGGCUUUGAGAAUUUCCCACGAAAUUCGUUUGAACAGCUGUGCAUCAACAUAGCGAAUGAGCAAAUCCAGUACUACUUCAACCAGCACAUAUUUGCCUGGGAAAUGGCAGAAUACAAGGCUGAGGGAAUCGACGGCAGUAACAUCGACUUUAUUGACAACCGUCCGGUCCUGGACAUGUUUCUCGCAAAACCCAUGGGUCUGCUGGCAUUACUGGACGAGGAAAGCCAUUUCCCUAAGGCAACGAAUAAGUCUCUUGUUGACAAGUUCAACAACAACAUCAAGUCACAGCAUUAUAUCAGGCCCAAGUCGGACAAUUCCUGUACGUUUGUGGUGCAGCACUAUGCGGGCAAGGUUGAGUAUGAUGCAGCAGGGUUCCUGCAGAAGAACAGAGACUACCUGGUUCCCGAGAUCUCUCAGCUGCUGCGCGUGUCUGAUGUCGCUGUUGUUAGAUCCAUCUUCAGCAGUCCCCUGACGAAGACCGGUCACUUGUGUACAGCGAAUGGUGGUGGAUCACCAUUAGGAUCCUCUGCUUCAUCACUGCAGUCUUUAUCACAGUCACCACUAGGUGGCUCUGUCUUUAACAUAAAGUCUUGCAGCAGACAGAGCGGUGCUUCUGUGAAUGGAAGUCAGACCCGAGCUCAACAGACCGUCUCCACCUACUUCAGAUACUCCCUUAUGGACCUGCUUACCAAAAUGGUUGCCGGAACGCCGCUCUUUGUCAGGUGCAUCAAACCAAAUGACGAAAAGGUGGCUGGGUGCUUUAAUAAGGAGAAGGUUCGACAGCAGCUGAGAUACACUGGUGUACUGGAAACGACAAAGAUCCGACGUAUGGGCUAUUCGCACCGAAUACCCUUUGGUGAAUAUCUCCACCGGUAUGCAAUCCUGGCAUUUGCAUGGAAUGAGAAGGUGCUAGCUACACGCGAAAACUGCAGAAUUCUUCUGGAGAAACUGCAAUUGGACAACUGGGCACUUGGGAAGACAAAGGUGUUUCUCAAGUACUAUCACAUGGAGCAGCUGUCGCGCAUGUACGAAGCUCACGUGCGUAAGGUCGUCGUCGUGCAGAGCUGUGUGCGCAGGCUUCUCGUGCACCGCCGCAUCUGCCGUCACAAGCGCCACCUGCUGAGGAGUGUGCUGCUUGUUCAGAGAGUUGUGAGAGGUUGGCUUGUCAGAAAAAGGUACCACCUAAAAAUUCACGACAGAAGACGAGCAGCUGCCUGUAUCCAGAGAGUGUGGCGUGGCUACAGGGUGCGCAGACAGCAUGGACCCGCGCUGCGGCGGCGCCACAUGGCCCUCUGGAAGCUGCAGCGAGUGAUUCGGAGGUGGCUGGCCGCUCGACGCAAGUUGGCCUGCUACAGGAAGCUGCAUGCUAGUGCUACUAAGAUACAAGCAGCAUACAGAGGUCACCGUGUGCGCAAGCGCAUCUCGGCUAUCAUGGAGCAUCACCGGCGCCAGAUAGAGGGCGCUGCGAUCUGCAUACAGAAAAAUUAUAGGAUGUGGAAAUCACAGAAAAUUUACCAGCAGAUGUUGAUGUACAAGUCACAAAAGGAGACACAGCUGAUAUACUUCACUCAACAGGUGGCUCUCUAUGGAGCCGAGGUUUAUUCAGCAAUGAUGCGCAACCAACAUCCAGUAAUGGUCAGCGACCUGGUGCGCAGAGCUCAAUCACCAGAUGUCACCACCUCACAGGCAGACGAACAACGACAGAUAAUUGAACGGCGGCGAGAGCACAUUAAGAAGAUUGGUGUGAAACUUCCAUGGUCUAACUCCACACUGUCACCGCCACCCCACGAAUCUAAUGAUAUAUCUGGCAGAAACAAGCGACACAGCCAUGUAAAGGUGUUGGUGUCUCCCAGUGAGCAGCAAUAUUACGGAAGAGUCAAUCAUGAAGCUAGAUGGGGAGGAGAAAGGGAUGGUGGUUUUUACGGAGAGAAUCUUUCCAAUGAUAGCAACUUGUCAGGGGUGCCGCCAGUGAAUGAGAAAAGUGCAAGCCCUGUCUCUGAUACAUCGUGGGAUGCGCCCCUGAGACUCCUUACCCCUGGGAGUGAAUACUACGAACAAAAUGGAACGGCCCAGGAUGCCGGCUUCUACAAGGUUCCGAAUCCCCAGCCGGGCCUCUUCCACCCGGAGCUGCACGACAAGCUGAUGACGGACCUCGGCAACCACCGUCGCAUGACGACGAGGCCGCCAGAGGGCGCUGCCGACCGCAGGCGCUACGGCAGCGGCAAGGAGAACCUCGCCAACGGGCUUCUCUCUCCGCAGGACGCCGCCCACCUCUCACCCGCUGGCAGCCGGCGCGGGCCGGGGCCGGCUGGCGUCGCAGGAGAAAGCCGCCGGGACUCCCGCCGAAGCGCGCUCAAGACGGACCCUGCCCGAUCCGGCCGAGCAGCGCGUGGGGGCGCCACCGCGCGACCGAACGGCGCACGCGUACAGGCACGCGGUGGGCGCCACCCAGGGCGCAACCGAGCGACGCGUACAGGCACGGGUGGCGCAUCCGGCGCGACAGAACGGCGACCCGUACAGGCGCACGGCGGGGGCGCCACCCCCGCCACCGACGUCGAUGCCGCCGCCGCAGGGCAAUCGCCGCAGCGCCGGCCAGCCGGACGCCCAUCGAGCAGUACCACAGCAGCGCGGGCUGCGAGUGGCGGAGGCCAGCAGGGGGCGCCGCCUGGCACGCGCGCGGCGCGCGACGUCGAGGCGUACAAGAACGGCAUCAACGCGACGCGGCACCAGCGCCGCCGGCGAGCGUCCAUCGCGCGCGGCGCGGGCGGCGGCAUGCAGGGGGCGCCGCCAGUCGGCGAGCACGGGGCGGGGUCUGUCGGCGGCCGCGUGUCACAGCCGGCGCUGCAUUACGCCGACAGUGACGUCGCGCUCGGCGUCAGCCUGCCCGGGUUCCACGCGCCGCCGGCAACGUUCGACCCUAAGAUGGCCGCCAGGGCUCUGUCGCCAAGGCCCGGUGGCAUAGGAGUAAAGAGGGCGGGGCAGCGUCCUGUACCACCACCACCCUCUAGCCAUGGCCUGCAGAAAGUGAAUGUCAUUGUGCACAACAAGAACUGCCAGCAGAUCUAUGCCAACCACGACGUCGAGGACAUAGAUAAGGACAAGAAUGAUAGGUACGACUUCCGAGCGUUCCUGCGCCGCACCAGCUACGACCCGGGCCGGAAGACGCUGCGCAAGACGAUCGAGUACCACGGCCAGCAGGUCGACUUCCGCCGCGUGCUGCGCAAGCACUCGCACCACGUCACCAACGUCCUCGACGACCUGUGAGCGCCAACAAGGCACCACCUGGUGGCGCGGCGGAUUCACGGCGCGGAUAAAUAACGCGGUUGCAGAGGCACUCGGCCGGUUUACACCAGGCGGAAAAGUAGUGCAGCUGGCGUGCAGCCGGCAGUGACUGAUGUCCGUCCGUAGUAGUUAAAAAGUGAACCAUGUCCCGCGUGCCACUCACGGCGUUAGCGGGCGUGCACGUAUACGUGCGUACGUCGUCACACGGUAAAUAUUUGGCAGGCAAUGUUGACGCUUGGCAAAGAAGAUUGGCGCUGUAGUGCAGCAGUUGAUACGAGUAAAGCGCGGACCUUACGAGAAUGCCAUUGUAGCAUGUUUACGGUCUGCUGUUUUCUCUACUCAACGUAAACAGAAGGCGUACACUGAUAUAUUAUUUGUCGUUUUGCAUUGGCAUAUAGUACAGCGACCAUUCUGUCGGUGCCUGACAUGUCUGUAGUAUAUCACAGCCUAAUAACAUCUAUAUAAUAGCAGUAUAAUCCGCUGAGUCAUGUAGUUAUUAUCCAAUUCAAAAAGCGAAUUAAGCUAUUAUGUAAAUUUGCUGCCACUUUCUGACCGAGGAUGAGUUGCAUACACUUGGGAAGAUCUGAGACCAAUCACAGCUCCAGUGUCGCUGUAAUCUUAAGGAUAUAUAGCAGCUACUUGCUAUCAGUGCCAGUCAUAUGUUCGGGUCACAUUAAGGUUAAGUAACAUGUUGCUUACACUACUGUAUACGUGCGAGCAACCCUUUCAUUCGGAUCUAUUGUGAAACCAUUUAAAUAUUUUAUUGCUGAUAUUUUGCGAAGUUACUAAUAUGUUUAGAUGUCAAGAGUUUGAUCUGAAUAACGAUGUGCAAAUUCGUUCAUUGCUAUUACUGAGAUAAUCAUUCUCAGCGUGUCGAGUUAAUGCAGUCGUGUGAUUGCCUCGCUUCCUUUUGGAUAAAUUGACAUUAUUCGUUAUAAGUGGUCGUUAUACAGCAGCCACGCGUUUUUUUUAUUUAUUACCUAGGCUCCAUAUCGUUUCCAUACUACACAGCAAAAUUAACGAAACGAGAUAUCGUUGUUGUUACGUUCCCCAGUUAAGUAUGUAUAAUAGUAAUCUCAGUGUUUUAAGUAUAGAAAAUCGAUUGGUGACCAUUUCAGUUGUUAGCGCUUCAAAACAUUUUAUCCCGCUGUUUUUCGACGAACAUCAUAAUUAUAUUGUGCGACUGAGUGUGAAAUGUUGAAUGUAAGAUAGCAGCUGUGUGCAGAUAGCGUUUCAUUGUCAUAAAGGAAGCUGAGUGUGUCGGGGUUUGGAAAACAAACCUGCUUAAGUAUAUAUCGCAUGUAUUUAUUACUAUUAUUACUAUUAUUAUUAUUAUUAUUAUUAAUAUUAAUAUUAUUAUCACUUCAUUGCGUGCAAACUGUGUAUGCGCGCGCGCGUACCAUACUGAGCUGCUCGUGUCGUUGUUCUGCCACUCCUUCACACCCAACGUGAUGUCCUUCUAAUACCCUUGCCGUGCUUCUCGGCUCAAUUGUUAUAAUUAAAGCUCGUGAGUAAUCACCUCAAUUACGGCAUCAUUAUAGGUAUUAAGUUUUCUCACCAAAAUGCAUUUCACCGACUAGCCGUACACUAUCCUCACUGUUUUUAAAUUUGUUGUUACAUUACAACGAUAUAUAUAUAUAUAUAUGCCUAUAUAUAAUAAAAUAACAAGCAUGUGUUGUUGCGUUAUGCAGGAAACCACACCGGUUUUGCCUAUUAUAUUUAUAGGACAAUAUUUAUGUUGCUCCAAGUAUAUUUACACUUUCAUUCGAAUCACUGUUAUCACGAUUAUGUUAUAUUGUUAUUGCAUAAUAUUUAUUCUCAAACCAUGUGUAACCGUUUUGCACAAGUAUAUAAUAUUGAAGUAUUGUUAAGCGUAUGUCAGCAGAAAUCCCGCUUACCCGCCUAUAUUUUUGCACGCUGUAAAUAAGAAUCUAUAAGUUACGUCACCUACUGUUGCAUAUGGUUUGCGCAGUAUAUAUGCAUAAUUAUGAGCUCUAAAAAAAUAAAAUAUCAAUUCACUGGAUCA